CCUUGUCAUGUAUGCCCUAUCGACCUGUAUACUUGAAUGAAGGCACUUAAUCCUAUGACCCUUCACCCAGAUACGCAUCAAUUGAAGUCAUGCACCUCCCUGGAAAACAUGCAUUUGUUAUACUUGAAUAAUAACCUCACGCAGAUGGUAACACCGCGGCUCUUCCACACAUUGGUGAGACCGUUGCUUAAAAUACACAAAUGUCUUGGCCAUAUCAGACGUCCAACAACAUCUCAUCAAACGUCUCAUCCGAACAAGCCUAUCCUGUUCAUGCUCUCAGCGUCAAGAUGGCUUCACGUGGACUGUCAUCUGCCGUUUAUCGCUUCAGAAUCCUCAGGAACUUUGAAGAAGUCAUCAUAUCGUUCCUCGGAUCUCCCCGAACCGAUAGUACUUGCCAUUGGCCAGACAUGCAGUCAGUGCCUACUUACUGGCGCUGCAAAGCUAUACUGAGCUGUUGUUCCCUCGAAUGCUUCUGACGCUUUCCAUGACCUCUUAGUGCUGUCACUUUCGUGUUCAUUCCUUUCUCGAUCAUAUCCUUGCACUAGUUACUGGUCCUAUCAUGAACAAAACCAAAAAUCAGCUCUUGACCAUCGCCAGUAUAUUGCUUGGAUUUUUUGGAUAUUUUAUAAUCCCAGUUGAAGGUCUAGGUCAAGGUCGCGAUGGGACAAUCCAGGUAGAUCAUAGACGGCGCAGUGAGUUUGCAGCUGUGACGGGUGUGAUAUGUUCCUCCAGCUUUUCGUGGAUGAACAAUGAAAAAGGGCAAUCGCCAUGUAUGGUGGUCGCUUACAUCGAAGGAGCAUGUACAGAGGGAGUUUGGAAUAUUCCUCCUUUGCAACCUGAUAGCCACUAUGAUCCACCUAAUGCAACUAUCAGCACAGUGAAUGUAUGUUCGUGCUCGUGGUCGUCGUACAACCUGUUGAGCGCUUGUACAGCAUGUCAAGGCAUGAACUCUUCGAUAUUAACCUGGGAAGGCUACAGCGCAGAAUGCCCUUCAUCUGAGUCAAACUCGGUUUUCCCCUCUGGCUAUACAUUAUCCAGUAACACUUCCAUACCUUACUGGGCUGCUACGAACCCCAAUGAAUGGUCCAGUGCAAUGUUCGACGUAGACCAGGCGCAAACCCUGGCACAUCAGCGUCCUGAUCUUACACCUGGAGCUUCUAGUGCCAGGAAACCAUCGUUAGUCGGGCCCAUUAUCGGUGGUGUCGUUGGCGGCAUGGCCAUCCUCGUAGCUGCUGGCAUCGCCGGCUUUGUGUUGUACAAACGUAAAAAGGAUGCUAAGCCAAUCAGGGUACCAGACAGGGACGAAAGUGGAGGUAUGGAGUCAUCAGAAAUGCUGCCGCACAGGGAGCACAUGUAUUGGCCUUCACGCUCUUCGACAUAUUCGACCGUAAUGACAGAGGCACCUGUGGAACGAGGGGGACCACGGUAUCCAUCACCAGGAGCAUAUUCAGUGAGGUCAUACAUCACGAGAACAUCUUCACCCCUCACUGGCUCUAUCGUCUCUCUGCAACCUGAUGGCACUCCUGUCGUCUGAUCAUGGUUGGGAUCGGGUUUUGCAAUUCAGUUUCAGUCUUGGAAGCAGUUGAAUAGUGUCUUAAGAACUUUUGGAACCAACUUACUUCUACGAGUUCUCGCAACCAUGCCCGAUAGACAUCUCCUAGCGUGUGCUUGGUAAAAACGUUGUGAUUCGAACAACUAAAAUAUACCUCAUCUGCCUUUUAGAUCAUGCAAUAUAUUGUUCUCAGUAAAAUAUCUCA